AUGGGCGAGAAAUCUUUUCGGAAGUUGGGUCUGGCAGUGAUCCUGUCAGCCUUGGUUCUGUAUUUGUAUCUUUUCAUAGGAACCCAACAAAAGGCUGGAAAGAUUCGUAAUGCGUUCUUUGUGAAUGCGCCAGGAUGUCGCAUCGAGGCCAUGGAUGUGAUGAAUCCGCGUAUUGCCAAGUACUUUAAGAGGGAGUGGCCACAUCGUAAGUUCCAUCACAGCUGCCUGAGCACCAAUUGGUUUCAUGCGGAGGUAAUGGAUAGAAAUUGGUAUCUAAAAUUGGUGCCCGAUAUGGAUCGGAUUCUGGACAAUUAUGGUUUCAAUCACGAAGGACAGAUUCAUUGCUAUUGGUCAAAGUUUCAUAGCACUCGGCACUUGGAAAGCACACUGAUCGACCUGGGCAGGUUCAAUCUGGAUUAUCCCUACGUCAUUAAGGUGCCCAAGGAUGUGCUUCAGUUGCAAGUAACUUGCUAUAAUUCACUGAUAAAUACCACUCUGUGCGACGAAUCCCAUUACUUUAUUAGUCCGCCACCGCAGAAUCUGCUGGCUAUUCCCCCGACGUCCUUUAAGUUCUGGAAUAAAAACAUGAAUACCAAGGGUGGAAAUUCACCCAUUUCCGUUAUGAUCGUGGGCUUGGACUCCGUCUCACAUCUUCAAUUUCUUCGGCAAAUGCCAAAAACGCUGGCUUACAUUCGCAAGAAAACAUCCCACGUGGAGUUCUGGGGCUUCAAUAAGAUUGGGGUAAAUUCCUAUCAAAACUUGAUUCCCAUGCUUACGGGUCUGAGUGAGGCGGAGAGCCAGAAGUAUUGGAACUGGAAGAAGAAAUUAGAUGACCUUCCUUUGAUCUGGAAGGACUACAAGGCGGCGGGAUACAAUACCAGUUGGGGCGAGGACUGGGCUCCCUUCUCAAUGUUCCAUGAUGGAAAGCCAGGCUUCGCUAAGCAAACCACCGAUCAUAAUUUUCACGAUUUGAUGACUCAAGUCUAUGUACAACAAUCAAGAAUUAAAAUGGACAACGCAUUAUGCUUCUUGGAUGUCCUAAUGGAGAUGAACUACAAACUGUUGCCGCACAUGCAGCGUUAUCCUUUCUUCUCCUUUUACUGGUGGGGCAAUGGCGUACAUGAUUAUAUGUCCCGCUUUGUGGACAAGAGAUUCGAGCGCUUUUUGAAACGCCUGAACAAUGUCGGAAUUCUAAAUAAUACCAUAAUCAUCUUUAUGUCCGAUCAUGGCAUUAGAUGGGGAAACUUUCGUCAGAGUUAUCAAGGCAUGAUCGAAGACUCUCAGCCAUUUUUGUCGAUCUUAUAUCCUGCUUGGAUGCGAAAGAAAUAUCCGAUGGCGAUCAAGAAUUUGGCUGGUAAUUCCCAUAGUCUGGUGACCACGUACGAUCUUCAUGAGACCUUGAGACAUCUCUUGCAUCCCAAAACCCUGGAGGACGAAUCUAUCACCCUGAAAUCGGAGGAACUGUCAACACGGAAUGCUUCGCUAAUACCUAGAGGUGUAAGCCUUUUCCUACCCAUUCCCAUUGAGAGGACUUGCGACACCUCGCAUAUAUCCAGUCAUUUUUGUCUGUGUCACAAGCAAGUGGCCAUUUCUGUGGAUAAUCCUAUAGCCAUGCAGUCGGCCAAUAUCAUUGUGAAUUCGAUAAAUAAGUUAAUAGAGGAGUAUCCCGUCUGUAAGCCUUUGCAAUUGGAAUCGAUUGUCAGUGCUCAAUUCGCUGUUCCCGAAAGUCUGAAUCACAUUAAUAAAAAGAAGAGACACAAGAGUCUUUUUUAUACCGAAAAGGAUAUCCUAGUGCGAUUGAAGGUGAAACCGGGAAUAUCCUAUUUUGAAGGAAUGACAAGGAUACACAAGAACAGUAUCCACCUCAUUGGCGAUGUGGUUCGUCUCGGCGGUGACAAUUCUAACAAUAAUGAUUGCAUACAGAAUCCUGAGCUGAAUCCAUUCUGCUAUUGUUCUCUGUAACUUUUUUUAUAUAAAACAUUCAACAAUAAAC